AUGACCGAAAAGAAUGCGCUAGGCGCGGCCUCCAAUGCGAAGGCGAGGACUGGGGAUGCAGGAAAGGAUACCAGCGUCAAGGACUCGCAAACAUCUGCGGCCAAGGCCGAAACGACCGGCCUGGGGAGUCACUCCAGCCCAAAGAAGCGCCGGAAGGUGAAUCACGCCUGUGUCUAUUGUCGCCGUUCGGAGCGACCAUGCACUCGGUGUAUAAAGCGUAACAUUGGUCACCUCUGUCAUGACGAGCCGAGAGAAACUGCGAAACGGGGGCGUGGCGAACACGACAAUUCCGCCGCAGACGAGGAGGGCUCGUCGAACAAUGAGCUGGGCAACGUUCAAGGUAUGCCUAGGAGUGUUGAUCUCGAUGCUGCUGGCCAGCAACCAUUUCCCGAAAGCACCAUCGGAAUCGCACCCUCGGCCGUAAAUCCAGGAACUGUACCUCCGACCAAUCUCUCCGCAUCUAGCCAAGGACUCGAGGGUAACAACCGUGGCCAGAACCAGUUUCAGGAUAUGCAUUCUCUUCACCCGUCGUACAUGUUCAAUGCACAUGAAGUCACCAAUGAGUAUAACCUCCUUGGAGACUUCCUCAGUAACAGUUUGUUGGAUGACGGGGCUAUCUACCAAAAUCAGGAUAUGCAGGGAAUUUACUCCGAUACCUCGUUGAUGAAUUCGAUGAACGGCAUGAAUGUGCCGGGUGGCCUGCCUCCACCAGCACAGCUGCCACCGCCGGCCCAGAAUCCAGCACUACCAGGAGACUCGAUUCAACAACCUACAGCAGUCGGGAACGACAAAGCUCGGGAAACAUAUUACAUGACUGCCGCCGACCCGGCAGGAACCGACCCCCCAGAGGAGCGAAUGAACAAGCUCCUCAAGGCGAAAUAUGACGCUGGGUUAUUGAAACCAUUCAAUUAUGUCAAGGGGUACGCCAGGCUGAACCAGUACAUGGAAAAGAACAUGCAACAAAUAUCUCGGCAAAAGAUUCUGCGGCAGCUUGACAAGUUCCGCCCCAAGUUCCGAGAACGUAUGCAGAGUCUAACUGAUAUUGAGCUCAUUCUCGUGGAGAUGUGGUUCGAACGGAGUCUUAUGGAAUACGACCGCGUGUUUGCCAGUAUGGCUAUCCCCGCCUGCUGCUGGCGCCGAACCGGCGAGAUUUUUCGAGGAAACAAUGAGAUGGCACAGCUUAUUGAUGUUCCAGUAGAGGGAUUACGUGAUGGCAAACUUGCUAUCCAUGAGAUCAUCGUUGAAGAUCAGCUGGUGAGCUACUGGGAGAAGUUUGGCGCCAUUGCCUUCGACAACACACAAAAGGCUAUGCUCACCAGCUGUACACUGAAGAGUCCUAACCCUAACUCAACCAGUGAUGGGAUUACCUGUUGCUUUUCCUUCACUAUCAGACGGGAUAACCACAACAUCCCUUCGCUUAUUGUUGGGAAUUUCCUUCCCAUUGAUAGUUCUGAAGCUCUGAGUUCCGGACUAAUCGAGAGACUGGACAACGAGCUCCGCAACAACCCAUUUACCCUAAUUGCGCCAUCUGGUUUGGAUUUGAGAAGACUGGAAACCGUCGGCACUUCGCUAUGGAAUAGCUGCUCUCAGCUGAUCAAUGCACGUGGCCAUAUCCCAGCUGAUGCACGAAUCCUUGCAAGAGCUAUGGCUUUCGCCUUUGCUCUAUUGAACAAGGCCAUGGCGCCUAACGUUCCAGGAUGGAUCAACUCAUGGUCUUGGGCUCUUAAGGCUGCACAGACCUGCCUUGCGGCCAACCAACUUGAGCUCGCAUAUGGACUUUUGAGUGUUGCAGCAGUGCGGCUUGAAGCCCUUCAGCCACCUUACGUGAUACUAGAUUCCCGUCUGAACGUCAGUCUCACUACAAAGUACUGGUUGCUCCGCAUUCGUCUGAAUGUGGCACAGAAUCGAUUGAUUAUGGCAGAGCAUCUCUGGACCAAUAUCUCUACUCCGGUCUCGACCCGGGACUGUCGAAUGGUCCUCGAGACUUGUUUCUUGGUUGGGGACUCUGUAUUUAUGCCGGAUACAAAUUCAGCCCUUAUUUGGCUACAGAGAGCAAAUGACGCACUGAACCGUCUGGAUAUUUCUACUGAAAUGGCAUUCCCUGAUUACCAUGACUGGAAUCUCGUCAUUCAACACUACAUUGCUACAGCUUGUUUGAAGCACCGAACUCCGAGAACGCAUGUCAUUUUUGUGCAGGCGAUGAAUAACUUGAGAGGAUUGUACAUGGAACACCCUGCUGUGGUUCUUCUUGAUAUCUCCUUAGGAAUCACCCAGCCAACUACUGAGAGAACCAUUCGAGCCUUUCAACAUACCGUUGGGCGAAUGCGCAUUACAGAUGCUAACAUGACAACAAUCUUCCAUUUCGUCUACUAUUUGAACCAGCUAGAUCCGAAUGCAGGAAUGAAGGCAAUGGAAACCUUGCUCCUACUUCCUCUCCCAACCGGAGAAUGGACAGAGAGAUGCCUUGUUGCAUUCGUUGAACAUCAGUCUAAAUCUAGGGAGCCGCACUCCACGCGAAUCAAAGCCCUCCAAGGCGUGAUCAAAGCACUGGAAAAUCGGGGAUUUCCAGCGAUCAGCAAAAGGGCGGCCCAUGCCACCGUCACACACAUCUGCAAGAUGACUGCUGAGGCGCUUUCCAAGAACAAGCUCGGAUCUGCUGUGGAUUGGCUUCGCAUUUGCAAUGAUCCCAAGAUGUCCAGUAACUGCAGUGAUGAAUAUGUGCGCACUAUCCAGUUGAAGCUGAUCGCGUGCUUCGAGCACGUGGGGGACUACACCUCCGCUCAUAAUCUGAUGAUGCGUGGCCUGAUCCAGAAUGCGUAUGAUUGCAAGAGAAUGUACCUGGCAUACAAGAUCGCUUUGCGGUCCGGACAGGAUUGUACCCGUUUUUUCGAAGACCGAUUCCCGUCGCACGCCAUCCCGCACAAGAAUAUGAGUCUUACUUCAUGCGCCAUGGAAGCCCAGAGACUGCGAAAGCCCGCUGAGUUUCUGAGCUGUCUCGAUGUAUUGAUCAAAGCCACGUUUGAGGAUGAAAUUUAUCACAGUGAUUUCUCUGCUGCUGAACAUCAUAUAUUUUUAAUCUGCCUUGUUCUGAACGAGCUGGAGUUCCACUGCAACGCAAAGCGCCCCUGUAGCGAAGACUUCUACGACCGCGUUGAGACUGUGAUGGAUGAUGCUCUGUACUAUGCACAGGAACACCACAGCUAUGAAGGUUCUGACCGCGACGUUUCGGUCACUCAGGUGCAAUGGCUUUAUCAAGCAACAUACCGCGUAGGCUUGAAACUUGUCAAACUUCGCAAUCUUUCAUUGCUCUUCAAGGCCUUGAAAUACUCUCACGACUUCACACUUCUGUAUCGUGAUUUCGCAGGCCCCGAAGCCAAUUCCAAAGCACCUCGGCCACAUCUGUUCGCGAUCAAUCAUAUUCUAAUUCUUGCCUAUGCCGAUGUAGCUCGCCGCGCGACCAACUUGGAUGAAAAGAUCAACAACUAUCUAUGCUUGCAUGCAUCUUUCAAGGUCAUGGAAGAACUUACUGGUUGGGAAGACGGCGAAGAAAUGCCAACCCCGCACACGAUCGCACUUGAAGCAAAACAUUAUGCCGAAGGGCAAUUCUUCAACUUUGAGGCUACCAUCCGUCUUGGCCUUUGGGACGACCUCCUCGAGAUCUGUAGGAACGAAAAGCGGUUCCCCCAACCCCAGUGGUACCCUCAAGUAUUUGAUCUGAUUCUGCAAAGCGGCGCUCCGCUUCUGAUUACCGCGAAGGUCAUGAAGCGAUUCAUCUACAGCAUGAUGGAGCUGAUUGAGAACAAUGACGUCAACGAGGUUUACUACCGCAUGAAAAUGCCCCGCUACCUUCGUUGUCUAUUCUUGGUGGCCUCUUCAAACACCCCAAGGGAAAUCAGACCUGGAAAUUUCGUUCCUUCCAUGACUGACCCCUCGCUCGCCUGGGAAGUGCUCGGGCGAAUUUACACGAUUGCGAAGACCGAAGCGGACAAGGAAUUCGAUCCACAGGCCGCAAUGAAUCUGGGCGUGAUCGAAACCGGAUCGGAGGCGUACAUCGUCGGCGGGAAGAACCCCUUCCCUGCUCAGGAGUUGACAGAGGUUGCUCUUUUGGCCUUCAACAAGGCUGCUGAGUUCUAUCGCGACUCUUUAGACAUGGAGUGCUACUACUGGUCGCAGAAGGCCAUUGAUCUUGCGCGUCUUCUUCCCGGCCCUGAGGGCGAUGUACUUGUUGCGACACUUGAGGAACGGGCGAAGAGAUUGAUUUAG